GGCAACUGCCAAGAAAAAAUAGGAAUGGUGGGUGACUGUCAUGAAGUUUUAGGUUAAGUGCAAACAAUAUGAAUUUAAUAUAAAAUAUUACUGAAAUCAUCCAAAAAUAGUUAUUAUAUAAAAUGGAUUCAGUGCUUCUUGUAGUUACUACAGUGUUAUGUACGUUACUUUUGUUAAAAUUAAUUUACAAUUUACGGUCAACAUUGCGAUGGCGAGUAAACUGUUGGUUCUGUAAUAGUAAUUUUUGGGUUAAAUUCAUUAACCGCAAUAGUUGGACGUGUCCAAAUUGCGAACAGUACAAUGGAUUUACAAAGGAUGGUGAUUAUAAUAAACCAAUUGUAACUGCAAAUAAUGAACUUAAAGCACCAAAUGCCUUUAAAAGAAGCCCACCUAAAAAUGGGCUUUGCAAAAUGUGUAAUAUUAACCAACAGUUAAAAGUUACACAGCUUGCUAAUUUUGUUCCUAUGAAUGAGAAGAAUUUUGAACAUGAAAUUGAAAUGUAUAAAUCACAACUAGAAAAAGCUUACAAAUUAUGUAGUCCAUGCAAACAAGUCAUACAAAUGAAAUUGCACAAAGAGAAAGAAUCAAUGCUUGGUUCAAAAUUAUUGCAAAAUCGCACACCUAAGAAAUCUAAAACACGGAAGGAAAAAAGAAAUGAUUUACUCCAUCACAUUAUUAAUAAUGUAUCAAAAGCUGUUGCUGGGAUACUUAUAGUACUAGUGACUGUUGAGUUUUAUGAAAACAUCAAAGUUCAUGAUAAUAUAUACAGUACAAUAAACAAUGUCAAAGUAAUUAUAUAUAACUUAAUAGAAAGAGUUUUAUCUAUAGUAAAAAUGAAGACAUUGAUGACAUUCCCUCAAUUAGAGCACUAUUUUUAUGAUUUUGACAAUACACUGUAUGUAGAUUUUAUAACUUUAAUUGCUGGACAUAACAGAGUGAUCCAAAAGGCCCUAAGUGGCUUUGUAUGUGCCAUGCAAAUAAUUGGACACUUCUGGAACAUAAAUAAGUUAAAAUAUUCUAUUGGUAUUGACUUACUGUGGACAGUAUUUGUAGCUACCUUUUUAUAUCACAAGUUGACUGGACAUUUAUUAAUAAUAAGUUCAAUUAAAUUGUGUGCAGUGGUAGCUGUACUCUUUAUUUACAAUAGUAUCAAAUCAAACAAUAAAAUUGAUGAUCUAGAAACAACACCAAAGAAAACCAAGAAACCAAUGAUUGGAUCAAUUAAGAUGCAUCAAGAUCAAGACAUUUCCUUUGACACAGAUGAUGAUGUCUCCCUUAGUAAAUUUGGUUUGCACAAUUUUACUAGCUCUUCUAAUGAAACUCUAAGCCCUUUAAACAGUAGCUUCAAAAGUGGAAGGUCUUUUACUCCCCGUAAUGACAGCUUGUGGAAUAAACCGAUGCACAAUUCCACGUUCACUAUUAAUUCAAUGGCCAAAAGCCCAUCACCGUUUGCCAAGACAGUAUUUGUGAAGCCGGAAUUCAAUAAAUAUCAGAAAUUAGUGAAAGACGAGUCCGAUUCCGAUCUCGACGAAAGUAUAAGUUCCUUGUGUAUAAGCAGUCCCAAAAAGAGAUCCGCGAAAACAAAUCCCGUGUUUGCUUUAAGAAAGUUUACAGCGUCACCGAAUUUCGCGACACCUAUGCCGAUUAAUCGCGGUCGACCUUUAAUAUCGCCCAGUAAAUUAGGCACCUCUUGGGUGGCCGGUGGUUAUUGGGGUUCAGACGGAGAAAGGUCUUUGUUUAACAUAAACGGCAGUCGCUCUUCUAGCCAAAGUUCCGGUUUCGAAUCCCAAACUUCGAGUAUGACUCAGAGAAAUGUUUUUUCUCAACCUCCUUCUCGAGAGGAGUCCGUAUGCGGCGAACCCGAUAGAUCUUCGGUUCUAUUAGACAGAUUUCAAAAUUGCAAUAUGAACUAUCAGAGCUCGCAGAACUUUGCCCCAUUAUCGACACCCGUCUUCCCUCAAAUGCAAUAUAACAACCACGUAAAAAUACCUCAGCCGAGAUUCCCUCAGAGUUUCUCGAAUAAUUAUAGUUCCGAGCACAAUUUUAAAAUUCCCGGCAGGUCCGGAAUUAUAAAGCUGCCCCAAAUAGAUUCAUUCACAUCUAACUAAUGCUCAACAGCUAGUCCUUACUAACUUUCGACUAAUUUUAUAUUUUAUUCUUUGAACGAUGUUUUUUGUACUAAAGUUCCAUUGACUGCCAUUAUAAUUAAGAAAUGUUAAGUUAUCACAUUCAUUAGUAUGUAAGUGGUUGUGUAUUAUAAGUAGGCGUAAGUAAUAAUUUGCUGAUCUCGUGUGGUGCCGGGCGACGCUAUGAAAACAUUAAGAAUUGUUACAAUUUUUUAUAUGGACGUCACUGUCCUUAUUUUUUCGAUGUACAUGGUUUUCUGACGAUGAGCUUUAUUAAAGACUUUCUGCUUGAGUGAAUUUCUGACGGUAAAGUUAAAUAUGAACGUGUAGAUUUUGUGAUACUUAUGUCGAAUAAGUUUUAUUUUCAUAUUUUUUUCUAUACGUACAAUUUAUACGUAAUUAUUACAAAAUUUAAGACAAUACAAAAGCCGUUACUCGUUAAUCAUGUGCACGGAGUGUUUUAAACAAAAUGUGAUAUGUAAAGACUAGUAAUUUUUCUGAUAAUGAAGUUAAUGAUUCUUGAUGUUAUCAUUUUUUGUUUGUUUCGUUUUUGGGUUUCGUCAUCUUGAAACGGAAACCUUUUGUAAAGCUCCUGGAAUAAAAUGAAAAUGUAUCAAA